AUGGCCUCUCAUAAGCUUGAGCUUGCGGAAUUACAGCGUCGACUGGCUGAAGCAGAACAAGCACGACUCGAAGCAGAACGACACUUUUAUUAUUCAUGGGAAGAUUUUCCGUUCAAACAUGGCGAAAUCUUCGGCCUGUUUAUGGACCUUUUCUCGGAUAAGCCACUAUUUCCCUCCAAAACCGAUGUUCUCGGUAUCCGGCGUGACCUCUCACCCACUACCCGCAAGGAUGAGCAGCACAUUCGACCCUUUAUCCGGAGCGCCAUUGAGAAACCAGCGCAACGUGUGGUGAUGGCUCAUCUCCAACAUGCUGGCAAUCCAAAUCGGUUUUCCUUCCGGAAUAAUGCAUAUAGUCUGGAGAGCAGGACCCCAGAUGAAGAAUCUGGCGAAUACGAAGUCAGGCCACUUUCCAAAAAGAGGUCCUAUGAAGGUAAAAUUAUACGGCCACUUCCUGAUCGUUGGGGCAUUUACGACUCCACGUCUGGAAAUGUUCGCCGUGUCUAUGUGGGGGAGUACAAAGCAGCCCACAAGAUACAAACCGAGGGAAUCCAAAAUGUUCUAACCACUCCAUCCUCAGAACUAUUCCUGGAAGUCCUUCGCCGAAAGCAGUCCGGAAGUGCCAAUUCCGAUUUAGAAAACACUCGGGAGAAGGUGGCUCAAGUUCUCUGCCAGACAUUCCAUUACAUGAUCGCAAGUAAGCCGUUUUAUAUGGCCCUAUUACACGGGAUAUCACGUUGCGACCUCGAAAGUUUGAUGAAGAAACAACAAACCCGUCAACGUCAUGCAUCGCCUCGCAAACGAAAUAUGACUCAGCGACCGAUUCUGCCAUAUUGCACGCAGGCCUGUCUUCUUAGUCUUGUCAAAGCUUUGCCUCUUGACCCAAGUUGCCCCAAUGUCAGCCUGCAUCAACAGGGCCAAACGUGCAAGAAGCAUCUUAUUACCAAAGAAGACCUCUGUGUCCUUUCCAAUCUCUGUGUCCUUUCCAAGAAGCAGCUCGCCCGCAGUCUUGAUAAAGACUGUGAAUGCCUGGAUCGAGAGGGCUUGUUUGGGAGAAUUGGGGUGCUCUUCAAGAUCACCUUGACCAAAUAUGGAUAUACUUUUGUAGCAAAAGGCGUGCAGUGUGUAGAUGAGCCCGACCUCGCUCAUGAAGCCCGUGUUUAUACUCACCUAACUCAUCUACAAGGAAUGAAAGUCCCAGUCUAUCUGGGAAACAUUACCCUUGAGCGGCCAUAUCCCCUUGUUAGCCUUGCGCGUGUCACACAGAUGAUGCUGAUGUCUUGGGCUGGGACAAGCAUAGGGGGAGAAAGCUGGCCGGCGGAUAUUGACAUUGGAGUGGAAGAGAAGGACAUGGAAGAGAAGGACACACCACAGGCAUUGGCAUCCUCUGGCAUCAGUCACAACGACGCCCGAGAGGCGAAUCUGGUUUGGAACCCGGAGCAAAAACAGGUGAUGGCAGUUGAUUUUGAUCAGGCUACGAUUCACCGCGCUCGAAAGCGAAAGGCAACCUCCCCUCCACUACCACCUAAGCCAAAAAAUGAUUGGGAAUCAAAGGAAACGAAAUACACAAGCCGCGUCUCAUACAGGGAUGAGUGA